GUAAAAGGCCAAUCAUAGCGGCCUUUUACCACGUGAUCAGCCGUGUCCAAUGACAUGCUGAUCACAGGGAAAUGCAAUUAUCGGGUCUCGGCUGCACUUUCCUCACGCUGUCAGAGAUUGUCAGAGCGGGGAUCGGCACCGAUCAUCAGGGCACUGAUCAUCAGUGCCCGGAUGAUCGGUGCCCAGCAGUGCCACCCACCAGUUCCGCCCACCUGUGUCCAGCAGUGCUGCCUACCUAUGCCACCCACCAGUGUCCAUCAGUGCCACCCACCUGUGUCCAGCAGUGCUGCCUACCUGUGCCCA